AUGGCCACGCUGACCACUCUGCUGCAGCAGCUGGACCAGGAGCAGCUUCUCCUGCAGAACCGCCUGGUGCAGCUGCUCAGCCUUGGAACCCAGGUGACGGUGGGAUUGCAGGACAAACAGGUGGCCUCUGACCAGUAUCAGUCUCUGAGAAUGAGCGACUUGACCAGCAGGUGCUACUGCAAAGUCAGCUCCUGGAUCGACUGCAGCGAGAAUGAAUCAGGACAUGGGAUUGGGCGACAGGCACUCCCAGGGUUGUCACAGGUGCAGGCGCAGUGCACCUGCAGCGACAGCUCCUUCCUGCAGCACUGGGCCACCGCCCAACAGCACCUGGGCUCUGGGAAGGAGCAGCUGCCUCACAAGAAAGAUGAAGAAAAGGAAGAUUUAGAGACAACAAGGCAUGGGCUGAUGGGGACGCGGUCAGCCCUGCAAGAGAACUGGAAGCGGCAGUUCUCCACCCCUGAAAUGGCAGAGACCCUGAAAAGGGAGUCCUUUGGCGACGUGACCGAGAGGCGGCAGCUACGUGAGAAGCUCAAGUGUAAGGACUUCAGGUGGUUCCUGGAGAACGUGUAUCCUGAGCUGCACGUGCCCGAGGACCGGCCCGGCUGCUUCGGGAUGCUCCAGAAUAAAGGACUGCAAGGACUCUGCUUUGACUAUAAUCCUCCUGAUGAAAACCAGAUUGUGGGGCACCAGGUCAUUCUGUACACCUGUCACGGCCUGGGCCGGAACCAGUUCUUCGAGUAUACAUCCCGGAAGGAGAUCCACUACAACACCCACCAGCCCGAGGGGUGCUUGGCGGUGGAGGCGGGCGGGGAGAGCCUGGUCAUGGACCUCUGCCAGGACCUGGUCCCCGAGAACCACUACUUCCUCCUGCGCUCCGAUGGUUCUUUGUUUCACGAACAGUCGAAGGAAUGUGUUCAGGCCGAGAAGGAAUCCAACGACAAGUUUGUGCCACUCUUAUGGGACUGCACCCUCUCAAGCCGUCAGCAGUGGUUCUUCCAGGAACAGAUGCUAUGA